UGAGUGUGUGUGUGUGUGUUGGAGUAAAGUUUUUGUGUACCAUGUGUAUUGUGUGUUUCUCCCCCAGGGCGGAUAUUGAAGUGGUGGAGGGAGAUGUUAGUGAACUGGAAACGCGACUUGACAAGUUGGUGAAGCAGUGCCACACCAUGCUGGAGGCCGGGAAGGUCUUCUGCCAAAACAGCAAGAACUUUGUCGUGGGCCUGAGAGAGCUACGUCACCAUCAAUCCAGCGACACCACCAUGGGGGAGUGUUUGGAUAAGUUCUCCAAAAAGCUCUCUAUCAUUCUGGACGCACAGGGGGAGGCCAUUGAGUCUAUACAGAAGAAUGUGAAGAUGAAACUGCAGAGUUUUGUCAAAGAAGACGUGAAGCGAUUUAAGGACGUGCGUAAGGAGUUUGAGCGCUGCAGCGAGACGCUGGACAGCACUCUGAGCAAGAACGCCAACGUGCCACGGGGCAAGCAGCACGAGAUCGAGGAGGCCAGCAACGCCCUGCUCAACGCCCGCAAGGCUUUCAGAUCAGGAGCACUGGACUACGUGCUGGAGAUCAAUGUCAUUGAGUCCAAGAAGAAGACAGAGGUCCUCAAUGCAGUACUUUCUCUGAUGGAGGCCCAGGCGCAGUUCUUCCAGCAGGGCCAUCAGUCCCUGAAGGAGCUGGAGACGUACAGAAAGAACCUGAGCGAUGAGCAAACCCAGCUGGUCCUGAAUGCAGCUCGGGAGAAGAGAGACAUGGAGCAGAGGCACGCUGCCAUAAAGAAGAAGGACAUGUCCUAUGAUGACUCCAUCAUGGACUACUGUGCCGACUCGGCCACGGGGAUCGUCAUGGAGGGCUACCUCUACAAGAGAGCCAGCAAUGCAUUCAAGACAUGGAGCAGGCGGUGGUUUUCAAUACAGAAGAAUCAGCUAGUGUACCAGAAAAAGUUCAAGGAACAGCCCACAGUUGUAGUGGAAGACUUGCGACUAUGCACAGUGAAAUACGGGGCGGAACAGGAGAGGAGGUUCUGCUUUGAAGUCGUCUCUCCCUCUAAGACCUGUCUGCUGCAGGCAGACACUGAGCGACAGCAGCAGGGCUGGAUCCUUGCCGUGCAGAACAGCAUUGCCUCAGCCUUCCAGGAGCGCAGAGAGGACACCCUGAGCCCUAGGGACCGGUGCAAGUCUGUGUCUGCAGGCAGUGCGGUGGGGUCGGAGCAGGAGGGGUCCAGUUGCCACGCGCUGGAGGAGGUACAAAGUAUCCAAGGAAACAAGAACUGCUGCGACUGCGGAGAACCAGGCCCUGAUUGGGCCUCCAUCAACCUAGGCAUCACACUGUGCAUCACCUGCUCAGGCAUACACAGGAGUCUGGGAGUUCACUUCUCAAAAGUACGCUCACUUACCUUGGACUCAUGGGAGCCAGAACUCAUCAAGCUUAUGUGUGAGUUGGGUAAUAGUCACAUCAACCGAAUUUAUGAGGCACGCAUUGAAGAGAUCACCAUAAAGAAACCUCACCCAUCCAGCCCUAGGCAGGAUAAGGAGACGUGGAUCCGCUCCAAAUACGUUGAGAAGAAGUUCAUCCAGAAGCUUCCGGAGACGAGCCGCGUGACCCCUCUGAGGCGGUCCAGUGCGAGACGGAACCGCAGCACCGUGCAGGACAAAGGAGCAGGACCCCGGCCCGCGCUCAAACCUAAACCCAACCGGGCCACACUGCCCCGCCUGUCAGGGAUAAGCCCCAGUGACCUCAAGAACAAUACCGCCUCUUACAAGGUAGACUGUGAGGAUGAGGAGGAGCUGGACCUGAGCGGCCUGCACCCCGGCGCCCUGCUGUACCGCUCGGCCGCCAUGCAAGACUUCCCCAUCAUGGCCGACGCGCUGGCCCACGGCGCCGACGUCAACUGGAUCAACCUGGCCGAGGACAGCACCACGCCGCUCAUCCAGGCAGCCAAAGCGAAUGCCUUAGCAGCGUGUGAGUUUCUACUCCAGAAUGGGGGCAGUGUCAACCAGGUCGAUGUUAACGGCAGAGGGCCUCUACACCAUGCCACUAUACUGGGCCACACAGGGUUGGUGUGUCUAUUCCUAAAGCGAGGGGCAGACUACAACGCCAAAGACAAGAACGCCAAAGACCCAAUCAGCAUUGCUGUAGAGAGUGCCAAUGCGGACAUCGUCACCCUGCUGCGGAUCGCCAAGAUGAACAAAGAGAUGCGGGAGAUGGACGGUGCCUUUGGCCAAUCAGGUGAUGAGACUUAUCAAGACAUCUUCAGAGAUUUUUCUCAGAUGGCCUCACACAACCCAGAGAAGCUAAAGCGCCGCAGCACCGACAUUAAGAUCCCCUGACCAGCAGGUGGCAGUGUUUGACAACAUAUGCUCCCUCUGUUCAACUUAUGCACACACACGCACACAGACAUACACACACGCACACAGACACACGCACACAGACACAAGCUUCCAUGCACAUUCAACUCAAACAUACACUUCCAAUGAUUUGUUUAGUACUAGAUCACACACACACACGGAAAGAUACUUCCAUUCUCGCUUACUUAUUUUCAAGUGAUUGUCAUGGAAAUGUGAUUUUUGCACCUGGACCGUUACAGAAAACUUCAUUUUGUGCAGAAAUUAUUUCCUUUUUAUCUUCAAAUGUAUAUUCUUGUUGUUUUUAUAUUGAGUCCGCUGCUCAUGAAUGUGAGGAAUAAACGUGUGAGGAAUAAAAA